CAACAACUUGAUUGCCACACUUCUUUUUUUUUUUUUUUAUCUUCAAAGUUACCACAUUGAAUAUUAAUAUUUUAAAUAGUUUCCACAGGACGGAUUUAAAUGACUCGAAACCCUCCGAGAAGCAGAGCUCGGCUUUUUAUCGUCUCCGAUGUUUCCAUUGACAACGACCACAUCCCAUAAUAAGGCUUUAAAAGCUGAAGUCGAAUGAUGGUGACACGAGAAGCUUUCCUUCUGAAGGACUCGUUGUGAUUGUUUUUAAUUGUUGUGUGAAACUUAAAGAACAGAGCAGAGAGACAAAGACUUUCACAGUUUAGAGGAUUAUAAAUAUGAGAAGAGUUAGUUUCUUUAUCUCGAUAAAUCUAUAAAUAUAUCUAUUCAUACUCUGUUGAGUCAAAUAGAAGCAUUUAGAUGGAUGGACAGAAGAUAGAUGGAUAGAUGGAUAGAUAGAUAGAUGGAUGGAUGGAUAGAUGAUAGAUAGAUGAAUAGAUGAUAUAAAUAGAUAGAUGUUGUAUUGUUGUGCUCUCAGAGCACUUUAUUUUCUCCAGAGAUAAGACGACUGACGUCCUCAUUUCCCUCCAGCGUUCUGCAGCUGAUGACAUCGCGUUGGCUUUAUUACCAAUUAUGAAGUCCCUGAAAAUACAAAUGAAUCAUUAAAAAAGGGAAAUACAAGAACAUGGACAUUGUUGAGGAUAACUUGACAUGUUCUCGUAUAAUUGCUUUUGGAGAUUACUUUUCCUAGCAUGCAAGAAAAGGUUCAAUAACAGAACAGAACAUGUUGAUGUGCCUUUUUGAACAAGCAUAAAUAUAUAAAUAAUGUCAGAAGAAUGUUGGUCCAUGACGGUGAUUUAUAUGAUCGAUAAAAACAAUCAGCUCCUAGAGUGAAACAGUCACCUGGAAAAAAGUUAUAGUUGGUAACACUGCUUACACCUAUUACUGGGUUAUUAAUAAUAUAUUAAAUGUGUAUACACUGAUUACAAAGCAUGAAUAAAGUGUUGGCUCGGCACACUCAUCAUAAUCAGGAAAAUAAUCCUCAACUCAGAGUGCAGUGGUUCAUCAUCUGAAGCAAUAACUUCCUAAAAAUGCCCAAAUGUAACUUUAUACAACAAUCCGCUUCACAUGAGAACUGUUGACAAAGACAUUGAUAGACACAAUAUAUAUUUACAACAUUAUGUGUUUUAGUGGGAGUUUAAUCACCACUAAAAGACAGCAGCAUAUUUGCUCUGCCUCUGAGUUUUAUGCCAAUUGGGAUCCUAGAAUCUAUAUUUUUAAGAGUUUUCUCGCCGGUAUUUUAAAAAAAAAGCCUGUUGAAUAGAAGUGAUGGGUCGCGAUGUCUUGAUCUGCCGACCUUAAAAAUACUAAAUCUUUUAAUGUCGGGUUUAAUAAAGGUUUUAGUAUCUUGCGACUGGUAUUUUAAAGACUUAACCGAAAAAGAAUAAAUCACUCUGAGCGAGAUGCUUAGAUUUUGGAGUAUAAAUGAUCCCAUUCAAAGGGGUUGCUUUAUCUCUCAUCUUCUUCACUCUGACUGUCAGGAGAUUCACACUGAUGUCCUUUCUAUAACACAACUGCCCAUUUCAGCUUUACUCUAGGAAUUAUUUAAAACACCCCGGCUGUAUUUACUUUUCUCGACUUGGAAUCAUUCUCUUAGAAACUUUAUCUUUGCAAGCAUUUUUGAGUGUGUGGAGCUCAGACUGCUGCAGCAACUGUCAAAAUAUUGGAAUAUUUCUCUCCCUACUCAUCUGGCAGAGGUUUGCUUUUCUAUCUGCAUAACAGAGGCUUUUACUUUAGGACAAGAGACAGGCAGGGAGCUCAUCUAAAGUCAAAUAUUAAUUGAGAGCCCCUACCAAGAUCAGUUUCUAAAAGUUUAAAAAGUAAGUUUGGGAAGAAAUAUGAAAAAUAAGAUGAUUUCCAUAUAACUGAAUGGAAUUUGGACUUUCAAUAAAACACUUAAUUAAAAAAAUGGUGAAUGUUGUAGGUUCAUCUCCACACAAUAAUUAUUCCAGUUCUCUGACCCAUUGUUGCCAGAGAACAAUUACAGAAAUGCUUAUUGUUCUAUUUAUUCAAUUACCUAUUACAUUUGAAUAUGUUUUUUUAUUAUAUAUUGUUUUUACAUGUAAUUAACUAUUUAAAAUACUUAUACUUAUCUUUUUCAACUCCAGUAAUUGCGUUUACCUCCACUUACCGCUGGUGGCGCUAGUGAAAUUCGGGAGUUAUUCGGCGACCGUUAUGUAACAAACGAAGAAGAAGGGGAGCGGAAGUUACGUCACAUACUGUGAUGGCGUCUCACAUGUAAAUUGCCGAGUUACAGAAAUUUAAUAAAACAUUAUUACAAGAUUGAAAGAUUAAAGUGUGGCAAUCUAACUGGCCAAGAAAAUGACCACUCAAUACAGCAUUAUUUUUAAGCAAGAACACGCGCACGAUGAUGCUAUCUGGACAGCAGCGUGGGGGAAAAGCGAGUCGGACGGGUCAGAAACUAUCGUCACCGGCUCACUAGACGAUCUGGUGAAAGUCUGGAAAUGGUCAGACGAGAAGCUGGAGCUGCAGUGGACUCUGGAGGGCCACCAGCUGGGUGUGGUGUCAGUGGACAUCAGUCACAACGGAGCCAUCGCCGCCUCCAGCUCCCUCGACGCUCACAUCCGCAUCUGGGACCUGAAUUCUGGAAAACAGAUCCGGUCCAUGGACGCCGGACCAGUCGACUCGUGGUCGGUCGCCUUCUCCCCAGACUCCAAACACAUUGCCACCGGAAGCCACCACGGCAAGGUCAACAUCUUCGGUGUGGAAAGUGGCAAGAAGGAAUAUUCUCUGGACACGCGAGGGAAAUUCAUCCUGAGCAUCGCAUACAGCCCUGAUGGAAAAUACCUGGCCAGCGGAGCCAUCGAUGGAAUCAUCAACAUCUUCGACAUCGCCACCGGAAAGCUCCUCCACACACUGGAGGGGCACGCCAUGCCCAUCAGAUCCCUCACCUUCUCCCCCGACUCCCAGCUCCUGGUCACGGCCUCCGACGACGGCUACAUCAAAAUAUAUGACGUGCAACACGCCAACCUGGCCGGCACGCUGAGCGGACACGGCUCCUGGGUUCUCAACGUCUCCUUCUCCCCAGACAACACCCACUUUGUCUCGAGCUCGUCUGACAAGAGCGUGAAGAUUUGGGACGCCGGCUCCAGGGCGUGCAUCAACACUUUCUUCGACCAUCAAGACCAGGUGUGGAGCGUGAAGUACAACAGCAAAGGCUCAAAGAUCAUCUCGGCCGGGGACGACCGCGCCAUCCACAUCUACGACUGUCCCAUGUGAUCCACACAGAUGUUUACGAAAUCAUGAGUUGGGAAUUUGGGUGAGGAAGGCGAACUGUAUAUGUGAUGGGGGGGAUUUUUUGCACUGGCAAAUAAAAGGGUUGUUUUUGUA